AUGGCGUGCCGCAAUCGUUUGAGAGGCCAUCUGCUCUACCUACACAGCUUAUGGGAAGACGCGUGUGACAAUGCCGACUCGCCUUCCAUUCUGCCGUGCGGCAUUACCGUACCAACAUCGACGUUUUAUCCUCGCCACCCUCUGGCCUCACCAAAAGUCCAUGUAUCCUCUCUCUCCUCUCGCACCCACCCGCACACGCACAUCAUUCUCCCGCUCUUCGGCAAACUCCCUCCGCUAGAAAUUAGGCCGUAUGGGCUGCAUCAGAUUCCGCACCAUGGCAGGCGCGGGAGAGAGUCGAGCGAUGGCUGGACGGCUUAUACCUUUAUUCAGCAGCCUCUCCGUCCCCCGUACGCGACGACCUUUUUUCGGCGCCGCCUGGGUGGAUGGCGGCGCUAUCCCUUGUCUUGGCCCGGUUCGUCUGUGGAGGAUCUUGAGAAACAGACGGGUCGAUCAGCACAAGCGCAUGCAGCCAACCCCGGGGCCACGUUGGCUGUCACCAGCACAGCUAAGCGACGUCCCGCUACACGAUUUACCUCCGAAUCUUUCCAGCGCGGCUUCUCGAAGCACACAGCACGCGAGUGUGUAUGUAGCACCGCAUACCAUCUACCUGCCUACCUGGUCGGCUUUAGUGAUGUGAUAAGAGCACUUAUUGGACCCAAGAUCGGGCGACGAUCGACAUGCACCACCAAUCAGCGGAUAUUUGUCCAUGUGCCAAUACUCCUCCACCUGCUGCGGGCACUCGGUACCAUUCUCAUGCCUCACGUCCUAUCAUUUUGCGAUGGAGUAUCCGUAUUGGAAUCUGUACACAGUAAGAUGGGCCAUGAGAAGGAGUCGCAAGUCGCCGUCUCGACGGACAAGCUGACACUCACUGCAUUGGAGAAGGCUUCCCACGCAACAGGUACCCAUGCUUUCUUGACUUUUCCCUCGAUAGAGAAGAAACACUCGACAUGUUCUCACCAGUACAUCCGCACCCGGACGAAAGAUGGUCAAGGCCUGAGCUGCAUGAUCGUCCGGGACGAGAACCAAUAUUUCUUAGUUUCAGGUGGCGUCCGAGAGUUUUCCAUGAGGAGAUGGGAUAUGGCCAACGAUGCUCAAUCUACCUGCCGUCUUCUGGGUAACUACAUACCUUCAAUCUCCAUACAACCGGGCUCCGACGGGAACCCGAGACACUUGAUGUGCUUCGCUUCACAUGUCGAAGCACCAGGGACCAUCCCCAAGUGUCCGGCUAAAGUGAAAGCAUGUACAUCGAUCGUUCUCGGCGAGAGCAAAUUGACAUCGUCAGGCGUCAGCCGCCCUGUACCCAGGCUGCGAAUGCUGCGCCUAGGCUCCCGAAUUCAAGAGUACUGGGCAAUCUUCAGCCCUUGUUGCGCGGCGAUUUCUAGAGACAUUGUGAAAUUCACGGAUCUCAUCCGAAUCUUGGAAUCAAAUAGGUUUCCAUCACGCGCACCUUCCGAGCCUGAACCGGAUUUCAAUUUGCAGGUACAGUUUCCCUGCUGGACAAAGCGGAAGAGCCGAUUGACCAUGGAAUCACGGAAAGAGACCAUCUACCAGUGUGGCCCGGAGCAGCAGCUGACCAACGGAGCUGAACCAUGA